UCCCGGAAGGAGAAGCCACAAUCCGAGAUGCGAAGCUCACAACACUCAGAAGAAAAAACAGGACAAAUAUUAAAUUAUUAGCUAGGAUUCAUUAUUCGAUUGCCUUUAAUAUAUAAAUAGCCUUUCACUCUCUUCCUAUUCUCUUCAUCCUCAUCAAACUCCAAAAGCCUUUUAUAUCGAAAUAUUAGUACUACUAUUACUAGUAUUAUAGCAAAGUUUCCAUUUUUUCUUUUUCUUCAUAAUUAAUAUGCAGACUCUAGACAACAUUCAUCACAACUUAGUGGAUUUUGAAGACUACUUUCCUUCCAUGAUAACUCGCAUGGGAAACGAGGGCUUCAUAUGGGAACUCUGCAACGGUUUUCGCCUUUUGAUGGACGUCGAAAAGGGCCUGAUUACGUUCGAGAGCUUGAAGAGGAACUGUGUUCUCUUGGGGUUGCAUGAUCUGCGAGACGACGAGCUCGUUUGCAUGUUGAUGGAGGGAGAUUUGGACGGCGACGGGGCGCUUAACCAGAUGGAGUUUUGCAUUCUCAUGUUUAGGUUGAGCCCCGGCUUGAUGGAUUAUGGAUCCAAGCAGUGGGGGGUGGAUGAAUUAGAAGUCAUGAAUGUAUGAAGAGAAAAAAAAAAAUAAUCAUGUGGUUAAUUAAUUUAGCGCUAAUUUUAUGAUCAUGACAUUCCUAAUAAGUUCUUGCUUUAUGUUCUUGUAAUUUGUAUCGAUGCAAUUUCUGUAGUUGUAUGAAAUAAGAGGCUCUCUUUAUUUCCUAA